UUAUUUUGACUCAGCGCGAAAUUGUGAGAUCCCGCUUCCACCUAUAGCAUUCAAACACUUCUCUUUCUUUUUUGGUAACCUUCAAAGAAUUCAAGGGAAACACUCGACGUUGAUAAGUCAAAGGAUAUCUUCAACUAGUUAUUUUCGGAAACAUUCGGGAUAAUCUCGUGUUUCAUCGUACAGUCCUCGGUAGAUACGAUUGUGAAAGAAAAACAUGGCGGUUGCUGGGAGGCAAAAUCAACUUGAAUACUUUCUGCAAGGAAGCGUGGGAAAGGAAUCCGUAACCACUCUUUUGCAUAGACUUAGAGGACUGUGUGAUGGUGCAUCUCGACAGUUUGCGACUUUUGCAGAUCAUGAAAUGUUAUAUACCCUUGGUGGUCCAGGGAAUAGCGUUUCACUAAGAGCACGACACUCUCUAGAUGACCCCAAAGCACCAUGGCAAUUACGUUAUGUUGGCCAAAGUGAAAUGGGUGAUAAAAGUAGGAGCACCCUGUUACGCAGCUGUGUUGAGGUGUCUACAAGUGACAAUCUGACAACUUUCCUUAAAGAACUUGGAUUUAGGUACGAGAGUGAAUUCGUCUUGAAGGGUUAUUAUUUUAUUAAAGGACACAUGCGAAUAACUGUCAGUCAAGUUUGUAGAGUCGUGGGUGUCAAUGAUCCACAAUCAUCCCAUCCGGUUUCAGAGUCAUACCUUGUGGAAAUCAGUCUUAUGACCAUAGUUCAACAGGACACCUUGGCUGAUGAGAUAAAAGCUUUUGCAGAACACUUGAAGCCUCUGGUUCACUUGGAAAAAGUUGACCACAGAAAACUACACAUAACCUAGCAAAGGACAGCUCUGGUAACCUACACUGGCUUGUUCAGCUAUGGUAUCACAAACUUGCCGCUAGGAGAGUGCUGACUUUGCUGUCAAAGCAGUGACAGAUGCAGUUUGUCAAGUUUUCAAUUCUUGCACAGAUUUAUUAAAGUUGGAGCAGGGCCAGGAUUUUGAUGGUCUUCUCUGUUCAGUUAGCUUUUUGAAACAGUGAUCGACCUACACUUUGAAAAAAGGACAGGGUUCAGUAGAACUAAUGGUGAUGGCACUUCAAAUGGAAAGAGAAAUGUAAAAGACAAUGCAACAAGGUUCGACACAGUAUGGUGCUGGAAUUGUUCUUCUGAUGGAACAUUUAUAUGAAAACAAAAAAUAAUAAAGUACAAGAGUGCCACAUCUUCUCCCAAAGACUUUAUUUCAUUAGUUUACAUGUAACACUCAUACACCUGUUCUUUAUUUAUAUGGCAGUGAAUCAACUGUUAUGGAAGUUUGCCAUGUUUUCACAUUUAUUUCUUCCAAUGUAGCCAAUUAGUAAAUGAAGAGAGAAUGUCAAUGUGAACUGAUGAAUGCUUUAUUGAUUUGAAAAACAUAGUUUUAUAUGUAUGUAUAGGAAAUUUUUACCAUUUUUUUUGUUUCUUAAACUCUUAGACUUACUCUG